CCGUUCUUCCGUUUGGAAAAAAAGCAAAAAUCAACGAACGCUCAGCGGGCCACAACAUUUCUCUGAAAUUACUGGCUGUGUUAAAAAGUGGCAACUUACAUCACGGCCGUGCGUGCGUAAACGUUAAAUAUACACUCUAGCACUGCGUUCCCGAUCGAAUCGUUUGAUCCAACCAUUGUUUCCAAUAGAACGAAUAAUGUGUUAAUUAAUAAAAAUAAUAACAAUAUAUCUGCCCGCGGUGUGACCGUUUAAGGACAACAAUUUUACAUGUGUUGAGACCGCAGAGAUAAGGAACUAUAGCGGAGUUCUGGUUGGCGCGCCAUGAGAGAAGAGGGUAAAUCGGUGUGAUUUUCGAAAAUUCACAGUUUUGUGGUCACGAAGUUCGGAAGGUGUGAUUACUGGUAGAUCGUCUGCAUUCAUGUAGAUGAAAAUGGCCCCCAUAUUUGCUGGUACUGAAAUUGUACAAUAUUUGGCUGUGUUUUUCGCUUCCCUGAAUAUCAUCACAAGUGGUCUAGGAUAUGGCUGGCCAUCCGGUUCCUUGCCACACCUCCUCAACUUCAACGACACAUCGGUCAACCUCCACCUCACACCCUCGGAAGGCUCCUGGGCAGCAAUCGGUCCUCUGGUUGGGGCCAUCAUAGGCUCUCCCCUCGCUGGCAUAACCCUGGACCUCGUCGGUAGAAGAAGGAUGAUCCUCUUCACCUUUUUCCCCUACGUAACCUCCUGGUUGAUUGUAGCCUUCACCUCCAGUCCUGAAGUGCUCAUUUUCGGCAGGAUGAUCUCUGGUAUAUCCGAUGGCUGUUUGUUCACCUCGGCGCCAAUCUACAUCGGGGAAAUCGCGAAACCCAAGGUGCGGGGUUUGCUGUGCUCCAGUAUACCUGUGUGUUUGAUCUCUGGGGUCUUGCUCAUCAAUAUUUUAGAGGCCUUUAUCUCGGUCCCAGUAUGUGCUCUCUUAGUUACGAUACUCCCUACCACUUCCUUCAUAGGGAUGCUAUUCAUGCCUGAAAGCCCAUAUUAUCUACUGAUGAAGGAUAAGAGUGCUGAAGCUCAAGAAACCUUGGAAAGACUCAGAGGCACUGAGGAAGUGGACGAAGAACUCAAGAGGAUGAGUGAGGCUGUUAGGUCUCAGAAAGAAGAGAGUAGAGGGAAAUUCAAAGACAUCUUCACGGUUGCCUCCAACAGAAAGGCUCUCCUAAUCAUGAUGUUACUAAGGGCCACCCAACAAUUCUCCGGAAUUACAGCGCUGAUUUUCUACAUAUCCAUAAUCCUGGAAGAAUCAGGUAGCCAAUACUCUGUUACGCUCUGCACCCUCCUGUUCUUCGCAGUGCAAUUGGUGAUGUCCAUCCUGGGCUCUGCUGUGGUAGAUUGGACGGGAAGAAGGAUGCUCCUCCUAUGGUCCGCAUUUGGUUCUGGAGUGGCUCUAUUCGUAGAAGGCCUUUAUUUCCAACUGGACCAAGACGGGACUGACGUGACCCGAUGGGCCUUCAUACCCAUCACCGCCCUGAUAGUUUACGUCAUCUUUUACGGGUUUGGGCUUCAGAAUAUACCACUUCUGAUGCUCGGCGAACUGUUCCCGACCAACAUAAAGGCUAUAGCCUUAUGUUUCGGCGAUCUUUACUUCGCCGCUUUGGCGUCCAUUGUGUCAAAAUAUUUUCAGGUUGUCAGUACUGAUAUUGGACCAUUUUUCGCUUUUUACACGUUUUCUGCGUGUUGUUUUGUGGGUCUAUGUCUGAUUUAUCUGUUUGUUCCCGAAACGAAGGGUAUCACUUUGGAAGAAAUCCAGUCGUUACUGAAAACUGGAAAGAAAUUCACUAAUCAAAAGGAUAGUGCAGAUAAGGAAGGACAAAUGAAAUAGUAUAUAUUUAUCCCUAACUUUUUUAUGUUCAAAUUGUAAUGUUUUAUGUUGGACAUUUCAUUCAGUUGGUAACUACGUUCGUAGUAUAAUUAAGUAUUGUAUAACGAGAUGUGUAUAUUCAUUAUCGCAAUAUAGUAUAAUAUAGAUAAUAUUCGA